UCCCUUUCACUGGGAGGCUUCCUCAGGACUCAGAAGCCCCACACAACAGCUGGCUUCCUCUGUGCUUCUAGCCCCAAUGGCUUCUCCCCUUCAGCCUGGUGGCCUCCUUCCCCUCUGGACAUUUCUCCUGCUAGUUGGUGGCUUGGCAGAGGCAGGCAAGCUGCUGGUGUUGCCCAUGGAUGGGAGCCACUGGCUCAGCAUGCGUGUGGUGGUGGAGGAGCUGCAUCAGAGAGGACACGAGUUGGUGAUCAUCACCCCCGAGGUGAGCUGGAGGCUGGCGAAGUCGGCCCCAUACACCGUGAAAACCUACAAGCCCUUCUAUAGCUUGGAAGACUACAACCAGAUGUUCAAGAGAUUUUCUGACAACCAAUGGGACAACAUAAAUAAAGGCCUGCUUUCACUGAUGAACCCAAACAUCACUUUGUUCUUUGAGUAUGUUUUUUCAAACUGCAAGAGUCUAUUUAAAAACACUGAGCUGCUGCAAUACAUAAAGGAGAAUGCAUUUGACGCCAUUUUUUUCGAUCCUUUUGACCAAUGUGGCUUUAUUGUGGCCAAGUACUUCUCCCUCCCGUCAGUGGUCUUCAGUCGGGGGCUCUUUUGCCAUUACCAAGAUGAGGCAACCCAGUGCCCCAGCCCCCUGUCUUACGUCCCUAGAGGACUCUCUGGGUUCUCAGACUCCAUGACCUUCAUGGAACGCGUCUGGAAUCAUAUCACCCAUCUUCAGGAAAUGUUGCUGUGUCCCUUUUUCUUCCAAAUCACCUUGGACCUUGCCAUUGAUGUUCUCCAAAGGCCCAUGACCUUUAAGGAACUGUACAGAGACACGUCCAUCUGGCUGCUGAGAAGUGACUUUGUCUUCGACUACCCCAAGCCCGUGAUGCCCAAUGUGGUGUUUAUUGGUGGCAUCACCUGCCACGAGGCGAAGCCCCUGUCUCAGGUAUCAUACCUCCACACGUCUGAACAAAAGGACAUGGAGCUCCCUUUUUGGAAGCUUUUCAGUAGAACCAAGAAUGUGCCAUGACUCUGGUAAGAGGGAGGCAUUUGUCAGGGCUUCACCAACCCUCAGUUCUCAUGAAUUAUCAUAUAGUAAUAGAUAACACGGAGGCACCGCACCCUACUGAGCUGGGGAGUGACAUGCUCGGACCUCAGCUGGAGUAAAAUCACUUUGGUAGGUGCUCAGAGAGUGGAGUAGAGCAGCGCUUCUUAAAGUGUGGGUCGUGAGCCCGUAUGUGGGAUCGAAAAAAUUUGGCAAUGGUACCAGUUUUCUGAACACACAACGACCAAAAAUUAAUUCAAAAUCAAAGGCGUAAUGAACCGAGGUGUUUCUGGCAGCCCUUGCCCGUGUUGCAUCAUACGACUUUACUGCAGCCUUGGUUCUGAGCACACAACACACGCACUUUGCCUGGUGCGUGCCCUCACACCAUCACGCACCGCCAACAAACAGUGCCAGAAACACCUUGGCUCAGAUUCGAGACUAUUGUAUGUUGUGAAUUUCAGUGUUUCUAGUGUACGUACAAAACUGUUCAAUGAAUUUUGGCUUGGGAUUAGGACAGAAUUUCCAACAAUUUCUGAAAUGGCCCUAGACAUACUUAUGCCAUCUUGUAUUAUGUGUUUAUGCAAAGUGGAGUUCUUAGCAUUGACGAUCAUAAAAUCAAAAUAUCGAUCAACUCUGAAAAAUGUUAAAGAUGGUCUCUGUCCUGCAGUAUCAAAUA